ACAUUACGCGCGCAUAAAGGCGACAGAGGAGAGCCGCUUCAGUAUAUUGUAGAAAAAGGGGAUGGAUCACAGACCGGCGGAUUUCGCAUUUUGUGGACGCGCUAAGGCAGCCUUGUAGCGCAUCGCAUCUUGGAAUAUACUUACAAUCAAAUCUCACUCUUUUAGAUCAAACAAGUCCCUAGUGCACCAAAACUGUUAAUCGCGCAUAAUCAUGUUUUCAUUGCUAAGGUCAGUUCUUCUUGUUAAUGUGUUCUAUGUUCAAUGGAAAAUUGUUGGUUCAUUGCAGAGUCAGUUGUGCGUACCCGUCAGAAUGGAUGGCCAGAGAUUUGCCAAGAACAGUUUAGUCGGUGUUGAAGAGAACGCGUUUCCACAAAGAAUUGUAUUUCAGAUAAGUGCAUUUGAACAAGAUUUUGUGCUCGAAUUGCAGUCUGACUCCAGCUUUAUUGCCCCUGGCUUCUCGGUACACACAGACCCAAGUGCUCAAAAUUCAGCUCAGAGUGCAGAUUUGAGCCGGUGUUUCUAUGCCGGCGAGGUGAAUUCUGACCCCAUGUCAUAUGCAGCGCUGAGUUUAUGCAAAGGCUUGCAGGGCGCUUUCGGCUAUGAUGGCUGGGAAUAUUUCCUCAAGCCGGCUUUCAACGACACCACCUCAGCAACCAAUUGGGACAGUUUGGAUUCACAUCUAAUCAAACGCCGGUCUAACGCUAAUGUGAGUGGAAACUCCACGUCAAGGUGCGACGUGGACAGCGGCGUGACCCACAACGUUGCACAGUCUUUUGCCAAAUUUAAACACCUGAAGGACCAGCGCAUUAGAAACAUGACCAUGUCAGUCCUGAAAAAUCGCUCGAAAAGGUUUGUCUCCAUUCCGCGUUAUGUAGAGACAUUAGUUGUGGCCGAUGAAUCUAUGACUAAAUUCCAUGGUGACGACCUGAAGCAUUACGUGCUGACCUUAAUGUCGGUGGCAGCUAAGCUUUACAAACACCCUACCAUUCUUAACUCUAUCAACAUCAUGGUUGUCAAGUUUAUGGUGAUUAACGAUGAAGAGAAAGGACCCAAAAUAUCAGGGAACGCAGCGAUGACCCUGCGUAAUUUCUGCACCUGGCAAAAGAAGCUGAACAAAAACAACGACAAGCAUCCGGAGUAUUGGGAUACGGCCAUCCUAUUCACAAAAGAGGACCUAUGUGGAUCUUCAACUUGCGACACACUGGGAAUGGCAGACGUAGGGACUAUGUGUGAUCCCAAAAGAAGCUGCUCUGUGAUUGAAGAUGAUGGGUUGCCAUCUGCCUUCACUACUGCCCAUGAGCUUGGACAUGUCUUCAAUAUGCCACAUGAUAAUGUUAAAGCAUGUGAGGAGGUGUUUGGUAAGCUGCAGGACAAUCACAUGAUGUCUCCCACUCUGAUCCGUAUCAAUCGCACCAGUCCCUGGUCCCAGUGCAGUGCUGCUAUUAUCACUGAUUACCUGGACAGUGGACACGGUGAUUGUCUCUUGGACCAACCCCAGAAACCUUUAACUCUGCCAGAAGUGCUCCCUGGUGUAUCAUAUGGUUUAGAGCGGCAGUGUGAGCUUGCCUUCGGUGUUAGUUCAAAGCCAUGCCCAUUCAUGCAGGCACCAUGUCAGCGUUUAUGGUGCACAGGGAAGACUCGUGGGCAACUAGUGUGCCAGACAAGACACUUUCCGUGGGCAGAUGGAACCAGCUGUGGUGAUGCACAACUCUGCAUGCGAGGCAUCUGUGUAGAGAAACAGGAGAUCACCAAAACGAAGGUGGAUGGCAGAUGGGGUAAAUGGGGUCCAUUUGGAAUAUGCUCCAGAACUUGUGGAGGUGGAGUGCAGCUGUCAAAAAGAGAGUGUGACAACCCUGUGCCAUUUAAUGGGGGAAAAUACUGCCAAGGAGUGAGGGUCAAAUACCGUUCCUGCAACCUCACCCCAUGCCUCGACACAGAAAAGAGCUAUCGUGAGGAACAGUGUGAAGCUUUCAAUGGGUUUAGUCUGAACACUAACCGACUUACCCCCUCUGUUGUGUGGGUACCCAAAUAUUCUGGUGUUUCUGCCAAAGAUAUGUGCAAGCUGAUUUGCAGGGCAAAUGGAACAGGCUACUUCUACGUUCUUGCCCCAAAGGUUGUUGAUGGAACACUAUGUUCUCCUGACUCCUCAUCAGUAUGUGUCCAAGGCAAAUGCAUCAAGGCAGGUUGUGAUGGAAAACUGGGCUCCAACAAGAAAUUCGACAGGUGUGGUAUCUGUGGAGGAGAUAACAAGAAUUGCAAGAAGGUCUCAGGCCUUUUCACCAAGCCCAUACAUGGUUACAAUUUUGUGGUCAUGCUUCCCGUUGGAGCCUCUAACAUCGACAUCAGGCAGCGUGGCUACAAGGGCAUUUUGAGUGAUGACAAUUAUCUUGCUGUCAAGAACAGCCAGGGCAAGUACCUGCUAAAUGGAAACUAUGUGGUGUCUGCCAUGGAGAAGGAUAUUCUGGUGAAAGGCAGCUUGCUUCGCUACAGUGGAAGUGUUGGUUCCUCUGAGACUCUGCAGGCUGUGAAGCCUCUUGGUGAGGCCUUGAUAAUCGAAGUGUUGUCUGUUGGCCAAAUGACACCUCCACGUAUCCGCUAUUCCUUCUACUUACCACGGGAGAGCAAAGAUAUUAAGGUGCAAAUGAAGGAGGAAAGGGCACAUGCUGCAAACAGUGUUCUGAGGGAGAAGGGAGGAAUCAAUAAAGGUGGAAAAGAGGCAGAUCUUCUCAAGGAUAACAUCCCACCAUCUUACAUCAAAGAUAGCCUACCAAAACCAGGGAAGUGGGUGGCAGCAGGAUGGAAUGUGUGCUCAGUUACCUGCGGUAAUGGACUCCAGAGGAGGAUGGUGCAGUGUCUUGUUGGAGAUGGUGGGCCUGGGGUGGAAUGUGACCCUGGCCAUAAGCCCAGUGCUAUUCAGGUAUGUGGAGAACCUUGCCCCAUGUGGGAAGUGGGCGACUGGUCACCCUGCUCCAAAACAUGUGGGAAGGGAUUCAAACGGCGCCUGAUUCGCUGUACUACGAAUACAGGAAAGCUGCAUUCCAGGGAGCAUUGUGUAGGCAAGAAGAAGCCACAGGAGCUGGACUUCUGUUCACUAAAUCCUUGUAAAUAAUGCUUACCUCCCUUUCCUUCCAUCACUAUUUUCUUACAUGGACCAUCCUUUAGUCAGAGAAAACGGAGAAAAGAACAAACAAAAAAGACAAUGUUCUGGUUUACAGUUUACUGUUGUCUCAUCUGCCUGAAAAUUGGAAAUAGUAAAUGAACAUCCAUCAGAAAAUGAUGGGACAGAUGACUGAGGUCAUGUGAUAAACAGGCUUGAACACAAACGCAAAAUAAUUCUACCUCUAGUUAAAACCAAAUUGCUCAAUAAUAUAUCAUCCAUAAAUCAUCCAGAUGAGACCAAAUUCAUAUCAUGUAUGGCAUUUCUAGAAAGUGUAACAUUGCUAAGGACAAAACAACAUAAAAAGCACAAUGUGAGGUCACCAUCUUUUGCUGUUCACAACUAUUUAGCCUGGACUGCCCAAAUCCAUUGCUUUUAAAAUAAUAGUUCAUCCACAAACAAAAAUUCUGUCAUUAUUUACUCACACAUAUGCCAGUCCAACAUGUAGGUCUUCACAGGUUUUAUUUACCAUAAUGACAGUGAAUCAUGACUCUGGUUUGAAAAACACAACAGAAAAAUAAAUAAAACCAUAAAAUCCCAAUUAAUGUAAUUGAAAUGAAUCAUGCUUAUAUAACAAGUCUUCUGAAGCGAUUCAACCACCUUCUGGCAUGAACAAAGUAUUGACCGUUAUAUCGCCAAGGCCAAUAAAUCAGCUGAUAUUUGGUAUUUUAUCGGCAUUCGCCAACAAAUUUUCCCAUUUGACCGAUUUCUUUCUUAAGCUUCAUCUGCUUGUAAAUGAAGGAGCUGCCUGAGACAUGUAAUUGACCAAUCACAGUUUGUUUUCUUGUUACAUGCCAUCGUGAUAUCACAUUAAUAGACCGGUGUGCAACACAAUCACAUUUAAACAGACACGCACAUAUAAACAGAAACCAGGAAAAACUGCUAUAUACCAUCUGAAACACACAAAAUCCUUAUUUUUCUUAUUUUAAUUAAGUAAAUUUUUUUUUUUUUUACAAAAUGUAUGUAAUUUGCUAUUAUAUUAAAUUGUAUGAAAUAAUGGCAUUAUAUUUACUUCUCGGCCACCCUGCUCUCUGGAUAUAUGCAUUGGCAUUAACCAUUAAAAAACCCAUAUCAGUCGACCCUCUAGAACAGAGUGAAAUUUAAGUCACUUUCAAAUAAAAUCUCAUCAGACAUCUGACAUGACAUCAUGAUGUUUGGUCACAAAACUCAAUAAACACCAAUGAGGUUUGAUGUUUCAAUGAGGUUUGAUUUUUUUUUUCGACAUAGCUGCCGUAAUUGAUUUCUAAAUGCUUUAUUAAUAUGAUUUGAUUUGAGAGUGAAUAAUGACAAAUUUAGUUCUGUUCAUAGCACACAUAUAGUGCACAAUUUGUUUUAUUAAAUUAUGUUUUUAAGCUUGAUAGACCAGAGUCACUAUUCACUGUCGUUAUGGCAAAUAAAACCUGUAAAGACUAAAAAUUCACCUUUUGUCUUCCACAGAAGAAAGAAAUGCAUGCCUGUUUGGAGUGUAAAUAAUUAGUCAAAUAAUGACAUACGUUUCAACUAAGUGGUUCUCAACUCUGUUCCUGGAGGCCCCAACACUACACAUUUUGGAUUUCUCCCUAAUCAAACACACCUGAUUCAACUCAUCAGCUCGUUAGUAGAGGUUUCACGACCUGAAUUGGGUGUAUCAGAUAAGGGAUAUAUACAAAAUGUGCAGUGUUGGGGGGCCUUCUGGAACGGGGUUGGGAACCACUGGAUACUUAAUUCAGCAAACAUCAUUGUAAAAAUAUCCAUUUGUGUGAGCAACUGAUGUUUGAAAUGGUCUUUAAUGAAUGCUUGCAGUGGAGGUCAACCCAAACACUGAUAUACUCCAUCUGGGUUAACAGAAACAUUCCACAGGCUAUAUGAUAAACUAACCCAGAAAAAGCCCUUGUACUGCAAUGAACUGGCUGCCACUAUGUAAUCUUUGAUUCUCUCUUUUCUUCAAAAGCACAGAGACUGGUAGAUAGUGUCUUGGGACAAUUAACUGCGAACAUUAGUUAUUAACCAAAGUCAAGAUCAACAUCCAAGGAUGAGAACACAUUAUUUUGUUGGAGGUUAAUAUUUGCAAACAAUGGUUUACUGGUUUAUUCAUUUUUCAGUUUUUUUUUAGAAUCUUGCUAUACUACAAAACCAACAACACCUAUGCAGCUCUCUAAAGUCUUUUGCUCGAGAAAUUUAAAGAGCCCAUAUUAUGCUAAGUUCAUACAGGUUCAUGAUUUUAUUUUGGGGGGUCACUAGAAUAGGUUUACAUGCCUUAAUGUUCAAAAAACACAUAAUCUUCCCUCAUACUGUACAUUUCUGCUAAACCUAUUUUCUAUCCUCUGGCCAAAACGCUCUGUUAUACUUCCUGUCUCUUAAAAGCCCCCCUUUCAGAAAAGCCCAUUCUGCUCUGAUUGGUCAGCUGGCCUAGUCUGUUGUGAUUGGUCAACAGGAUAGAGCGUGUGUUAGAAAUGUAAUGGCUCUUACCAUAAGUUUCAGGAUUUCCUAACAGCUGUAAAAAACUAUUGUAACUUUGGUAACAGUGGUGUUAGUUUUUGCCAUACCAACUCUAGUCCGAAUCCGAUAAUGAAAGUUUGGAAGAUCAAGCUGAUCGACCCGAACCACAUUCGCAAACACGACUUGAGCAGGACGUUUAACAGUGGUACGUUUUAAUUUUGUAGCUUUCUUACAAGUACACUGUUGAUUAUUAUGAACCUAACAAAGCUUCAGAUAAAAGACAUGUAGUGCAUCUAAGUUAGACAUCUUUUGCUGGAAUGGGUGUAGCCAAACUUUAUUCACCCAAGCUAUGAACGGAGAAUAGAGGCUUAAUCCCGUUUGGACAUUACCAGCUGUAUUAGAGAGUUAGUGAGUAAAUUAGCCGUGGACUACCGUGGAUAGCGGCCUUAACAUUACAGCUUGAUAUGAAUCUGUAAGACUCUUUAGAUCGACCAUUUUGUUACACAGUUUUAGGUAAAAGCCGGCCCACAGCUGAAUAGUAAACCCUUACAAAAAACAAUAACAAUACAUAGCAAGUUAGCCUAGCAAUACUGUAGACUGCAGACAUAAAAUUACCAUUUUUAAAAAUAUAUUAAUCUCCACACUUGAUCACUAUUCAUGAUAGUAAGAACGACAAACAAUCUGCACAAUUCUACACAAUUGUAGGUAAAAGUGGGCCCGCAGCUUAUUAGCAAGACUAUUUCAACAUAAUAACAUUAGCUAGCAGGUUAGCAGAGGCCUACAGCUGUGCACUAGGUGUACACCAUAGCUACAACACAAAACUCUGCAUUUGAACUCUCUGUAGCAGAUAAAUCCACAAAUAAUCAAGCAUACUUACAGGUUGUGAUCCUGAAACACCAGAUUGUCCAAACAAAGUGGGAACUGCACCAUCUUUCAGGAGUAAUCAUCUUGAAAAUCCGACAUUGUUUUUGGUUGUACUGCUAGAUAAAUACAUUUUACAAAAAUAAAUUUUAACCACUGAUUUUUCAAUUCUUCUGCCUUUGGAAGUCCAAACAAAUAUAUUUUGCUUUAGCAGUGAAGAAAACAGCAUCUUCUCAACAUGACAACGACACUAACCCAAAUCCUGGCCUCUGCUAUAACUUUGUUUGAGGGUGGGCCAAAGUAGCCCUUAGGCGGGCAUUAUGCAGAUGUGUUACAUAGUGACAUAGAUACAUUAUGGAAGAAAUAGCUGGACUACAAUACAACCAUUUCUUUUAGUUCUUGAGCAGUGUAGUCUGUUGGAGAGAAUAACUCGGACAAUGGACUUUGUACUUUGCAACUUUGCAGUAUGCACAAACAAACAUACUACACACUAAAGUAAAAGUAAAACCCCAAAAAGCAUAAUAGAGCCUUUUUAAAGAAAGCAAAAACCUAUUUACAUUUCUAUCAGCACAUUCUUUGUUUCAACAAACAGACUUAAAUUUUAUAAUGUUUUGCAACUCACAUCAAGUAGAGCAAGGAAGUAGGUUAUCCCUAUGCUUUACAUCAUGGAGAUAAAUGAAGUCAUUAUAGUAGUAAUAAUAUGACUAGUAGUCUUCUUAUCCAAGCACAACUACGUUCAACCCUUUCAUGCAAUCCAAGGAUCCACUUUUAUCACUGAAAUGACAUUUUGACAAAGUGCAGAUCAUGGAAAUAUUUAAGCCUUAAGAGAUGUAUUAGCCCUUAAAAAUGAAACAGCCAGAAGAAUGCCUUACAUAUACAAGGCCUGUAUUUUAUCAUUAAGCUUGUGUUAGCAUGUUUGCCUUCUGUGCUUAGAAAUUUUUACAUGUCCAUUCAUCUCCUUCAAGUCCUCACUGUUAUUUAGCUCAGCAGACCUAGUUUUUCUGGCCAGCAUAUUUCUUGCUGUCAGCCAUGUUCUGUACUGCCAAACAAAUUCCCUCCUCAUCCAGUUUUCAGCCAGAAACUUUUUUUUUUUGUAAUGCUGUUUAUCAACGUGUCCUCUUCUCCACUUUUCUACCUACCACUGAGCCAGAGGUGCAGCUGCUAUAAUCAUGCCCUGUCUGGUACAGUUGCCAUUAUAACUAAGUUAUUAUGAUCAUUAUAAUGAUUUUUGAGAACUGGUGGCCGGUGGCACAAGUUUGGAUAAGGUUGUGUCGUGCCCUGUGCUUCAGUGGCAAGUCAUUCUUUGUAUACCGUUCGUGAAAUUCCCUGUAAUACGCUAAACAUUUUACGUUUGUGAUCAAGGUUCUUCAGAGUGACCAUAUCAUCCAUCUAAAAGAUGGUUUCUGUAUUACUUUAAUGCAUUAUUUUCUUUUGCGCUUUUGUACAGCAAAAGAUUUCAAUGUCCUGCAUGGGCUUGUAUACUAUGUAUACAUCCAUCUGGCUGUGCAUGUAAAUACCUAUUAUGUCUUGUUAUACAUGAAUAACUAUUUUUUUUCCACAUCAAUGCUUCAAGAUAUUUAUUCCAAA